AGCCCAAAAUGCCAUGAAAAAUGGUGGUACAACAAAAGAAAAGUUAGAAGGAUUUAUUUCCAAGAUAGAAGACUUCCAUAGAUUGAUGAAUUUCCUGGAGGCCAUAGCUAAGCUGACUUUUAACACAAACAGUGGAAAAGAUGCUGGAACCAUCUAUUACUACAGAAAUCUGCUGAACCGUAGAGAUGUGAAAGGUGAAGUUAAGAACUCGUAUCGCCCUUAUAAGAUCCUUUUCUACACUGUAUUUGAUGCCAUUUGUCAGCUGCUUUUGCUUCAUCAUUUUGACCUGACUGAUGUUGAUUCUAACAUCCCAUUUCCUGCGGAAUUCCUGGAGUUUUCAGACAAAGAGAAAGUGGAAUGGUUGAACCAGGUGUCAUGUGAAAUUUUACAGACAUGGUUCUUUGAAAAUCAGGAUGACAUUUGUAAGGAGUUGAGGGAAGUCUUGGAUGAUCCACAACACUCGGAAAACUAUUGGUUGUCUGAAAUGCUCAAAAUGAACGCUUGA